AUGUUUCUUCUUUUGUUUUGGGCCGCUACGCUCGGCCUGACCUCUGCUGUGGGCCUUCCGUCAAUGAGAGACAGUUUGACGAAUCCCGUCCAUGUAUAUGAGGGUGAUGACGCUCUUAUCACUUGCGUUGCCAGGAAUGUCGGUACUAAUACUGUUAUGUGGAAGAAAGACGACAGAGAAAGGCACAGUAUGAGGGUGUUGACAGCUGGUGAAAACCGAGUUACCGCCGAUAAGAGAUACGGGGUUUUACACGAUUCAGAUACUAUAUCCAGUAAACCUGGAGGUCCUCCCGAAUUACCAUCAGGAGGCGACGUGUGGGUACUAGUCAUUGAAAAUUCGAAGCCAUCUGACUCAGGAGUAUAUGUAUGUGAAGUAAAUAGUAGUCCGAUAGUAAGAAGUUUUCAUAAAUUAAGUGUUUUGUCAAAGUCGAUGCUUCCUCCGAACAUAACCACAACUGAUUCAUCCACUUCAGUGGAAGACCAAAGACAAAUCAGUAGCAGAAACCAUAAUUAUACAGAUUGUUGUAUUACCAAGAAUGUUUCCUCAGCUUGUUUGGGAUUCUGCAAUAUACAAAGUAUUUUGGAAGGCACGACUGGACAAGAUCCGGAGCAGUGCGAAUCAGAUUUUCCGUCGAUCGUCAGCUGCAUGGCCGACGGCAGGAAUCACGUGCCGUGUUGCAUCCAGGAAAGGGUUCCAGAUAUAUGUCAAGAUGUCUGUAGAGGAGAAUACACCGCUAUUACCGAUAAUAUCAAGACGCAUUUCUCGUGCUCGUCGUAUACGGAGCAAACAUUGGCGUGCAUUGUUGAAGGAAUUGAGCUUCUUCCAAGUCCUCCAGAAAACGUAGAAGUAGAAGCACUUACUGAAAAAUCUCUUAGCGUGGUGUGGUCACCAUCGACAUCGAAUAGCGAAACUAUAACCGAAUUCGUUGUGAACGUAACGUCUUUGAAAAGCUUCGAUGAAAGGGAUUUCGAUAGUUCCAGUAAAAAUGGGAGUUCUUUUAGACACAGCGUGUCCGUGAAAGUACCUGGAAGUCAACGUAGUACCGUUUUGCAGGACUUGAUACCGUUUACGAUGUAUGAAAUUACAGUUACUGCCGUCAAUACCCACGGAAGCAGCCUUCCAAGUUACAGCGUCCGUUCCUUAACGCUAACCCCUGGAAACAUCAAACAAACAACCACAGGUCAAGCGCCCCAACUACCGGACAUCAAAAGCUGCUGCUCGAAUAAGGGCAUCGUUCACAAAACCUGCAUGACUAAACUAUGUGACCCAGUAAUGGCUUCUUCGGUGGAAAUCACCGAUCUGAUGAUAUGCGCCCCAUGGGCUGCCGAUACUUUUGGCUGUUUGGCAAACGGUAUGGAUCAUACGCCAUGUUGUCGAGCUAGGGGGCUACCAGAUAUCUGUCAGCAGUUGUGCACUGGAAACGUUUCGAGCAUUGAUUUUAAUUACUUUAAAUGCCUCCGAUACAUGAGCGAAUACACGAAUUGUCUCCUCCAAGGAUACGGCGUACUUCCGAGCGCUCCCACCCAAUUCAGACUUACCAAUAUCGAAACGGAAUUCGCUAUUUUGCACUGGUCGCCGCCAAAAACUCUCGGCGAUACGGCCAUUUAUUAUAAUGUGUUCGUACGAGAAGUCGACGAUGAAAAUAUGGACUUUACAGUUAUCAGGAAGGUGCACAGUCCUCAUAUUCUGGAAGAUUUACAAAGCGAAACCGAUUACGAAGUUUAUGUCGAAGCUGUUAAUAUGCACGGCGUUGGUAUGCCCAGUAGUAUUUUGACGUUCAGGACUGAAAGUAAGUUAAUUGAAGAAAAAAUCGAAGAAGCUCAAAUCUACAACGUAACGGCUUGCUGCGAAGAAGCCCAAAUUAACACCGUAUGCUAUCCUCUCUGCUCCUACGACGCAAGUAUGACCGAUAUCAAGGCGCUAGCUAGUGUGUGUUCAGCAGACUUUCAAAGGAUUCUGAAAUGUGCAGCUGGAGGUCGAAAUCAUGCAACGUGUUGUCAUCGACGAGGCGUUCCUUCAGGAUGUUUGCCAAUUUGUAAUGGCGUCAUGCUCAGUUCGUUUUCUUCGUCUUCUACUAGCUGUGUGCCAUAUAUCGGGAAUAUAGCUCAGUGCUUCGAAGAAGGUGCAGAAAAAUUACCUGGACCAGUAUCAGCCCUUCACGGGGUAGUUGUAGAUGAACACACCAUUCUUCUUGAAUGGAACGCGCCAGAUAAUUCAACAAACAUUACAGAUUAUGUGAUAAAUUACCAAAAAGUAGAUAAUACGUCAAUGUAUGAGACUGUGUCCAAAUUAGAUAAGCAAAUAAAUACGACAAUGACGACUGCUACCCUCACUGAUUUAGAAGAAAACCAGUUAUACCAUAUCUUUGUAGUAGCUAGGAACGAUGAGGGAACUUCGCUUCCUUCAUCAAUAAUUGUGAUAAAGUUAGUCAAAUCAGAUCAAUCCAAAUGGGUGAAGGGCGUUACUUCACCACCCCAUUCAUUAGCAGUUGCAAGUCACAGCGCCACUUGGGUCACCAUCACUUGGCAACCACCAGAAUUCAGUCAUCCCUCAGAAAUCAUCACGUACAGAAUUUUCCAUAAAUCGACCGCCGAAGACCAAUUCCACAUCAAGAACGUGACAGUAACGUCUUACACGAUAAGCAGCCUGAAUCCCAACACCCAGUACAUCGUUUAUAUUCAAGCUGUAUCAGAAAAGGGUCUUAGCAUGCCGUCGGAGACUCUGAUAGCAUGGACUGAUCCAGCUUAUCCCGCUUUCGUCGAACCACCAACUGUUCACCCGAUGCAUUUGGUAAUAGAAGGUAGCAGCAUGACGAUUCUGUGUAUAGCCAUGGGAACUCCAAUGCCUACAAUUUCAUUAUACAUUAGCGGAAGGCUCGUCAGACAAGAAACCACCAGGCACAUGGUCACAGUCAUACACAAUGUCACCAAGGAUAUGGACCAGAUUUCGUGUUAUGCUGAUAAUGGUUACGGCACACCCAUGCAAGCUUCUAGGAAAAUAACUAUAAGUCAUGGCCCGCACAUCCAGGCCAGUGGCAUAACGAUGACAACCUUAGGCGAUUCAGUGACCUUGGAGUGUAAAGUAGAGGCCCAACCAGAACCGAAGAUGAUCUUCUGGAGGAACCACGAAGACAGAACGCCCGUGAUUCAAGGGGGUAAAUACGACAUCAUUACCAAACCGAUCAGAGAUGAAGAACAUAAGUAUCUGAUGCAGUUAACAAUUAAACAGAUCACUGAUAUGGAUGUCGGUGACUACUAUUGUCAUGCAGAGAAUGUUUUCGGUACUGCAACACAACCUGUCUCAGUUAGAAUCAGAAAUUUGGCAUCUACUAAUAAUUUAACACAAUGCUGCAUUGAACAGAACGUUACCAGUCCUUGUAUGGACGCAUGUUCGUUCUAUUUGGACAUCGAUGCUGUUAUUGACAAGUUGGAAUGUAUUAACGAUUUUGGAAAGUUAAUGAAAUGUGCCGCUGAUGGAUCUGAUCACAGAAGUUGCUGCGUUCACAGAAAUGUUUCGAGAAGGUGCUUAGAUUGGUGCCGUGGAGAACCAGUUUUGAAUAAUAAAGCUUGUAUACUGUCAUAUACAAAGCAGAUUAUUAGUUGUUUCCAUGAAGGAAGGGAGAAGCUACCAGGUCCUCCACAGAACGUACACGUUGACUUUAUCGAUUCGCAUAGUGUUAACAUUAAUUGGGAUGCACCGAACAAAAAUCCUCAUACAGUCGAACUUUAUAGAGUAAUGCUCAAGUCUAGUGAUCCACAUAGCAAAGAAAACUACAAAGAAGAUACGCCCACUACUCAUAUAAAAUUCGAAAAUCUUAAAGCUGGCUCAACUUACUCGGUCAUGGUCAAAGCCGGAAAUAGCAAAGGAACCUCCACUUUAACUGAACCUUUGAAAUUCACCAUGAGCGACAAGUAUAUUACCUCGGCCGCUAGUCAGGAAGGUCACGAUGGCCAUGUUGGAGUCAUCGUAGCAGUGGUCUUAGCCCUGGUUGUCGUGGCGGCGAUAUUUGCCGGUGCCGUUUGGUUCAUGAGGACGAGGAAAAUGCUCGGCAUCAAGAAUUCUAACGGAAUCGCCUUCGAGAACCCUAGUUACUUGAGAGAAGUUAAUAUGGAUCAUAUACAGGUUCCACAAAGGGACACAGAAACCAGCCAGCUUUCAAACGGAAGCGCCAACGGUAUAGCAGUUUCUACAUCCUCAGGUGGACCCGGUUGGAAAAACGAGUCUCUUCACGUGCCUGCGCAACACGAGGUUAAUCCAACCCUCUACGAAGAAUUAAAAUUGGGACAAGACGGUGCUGGUUUCAAGAGAUUGAAGCCCUAG